AUGGGAUCCCGAUCUUCCACUCCUUCAAAACAUAAAUCAAACACAGCCACUCAACAACAAAUGUCAGUCGCUAAACCUUCUGCAGAAGAGAAACCAGCCAUCAUUAUUGAUAAUGACAAAAUAUCCUAUCCAAUAAUUGCUCUCGGAGAUUCCAUUACUAAAGGUUACUAUGCUCGGGGAACAAACUUUCAUCCCUAUUCUGUUAAAUUAAAUCAAUUAAUUUCCAAGGCUAGUACAAGAGUUUAUGAAUUUGGAUUAUCGGGAGAAACAACAGAAAAGAUGAAGGAAAGAUUGAAACGAUUGAUUGAUAAAAAACCGAGUAUUGAUGAUCAAUUGGCGCACUUUAUUGGAGAUAAUUAUGAUAAUAUUCCAGAAAAUGAUAGAGGACCAAUGCACCUUCCUAUUAAUGAGUUUAGGGGUGCCAUCAUUAUUGGAGGAACGAAUGAUCUUGCUUAUGGAUUUUCAAGUGAAAAGAUUGCAAACAAUAUUAUUGGAAUGUAUGAGUAUUGUUUUUCGAGAAAUGUAGAUUGGAUAGUUGCUUGCUCGAUACCUUCUUCAAAAUAUGAUGCAGAUGAUAGCCCUUCACUGGUGAAAGUGUUGGAAAAGAAGGCUAAAGUUAAUGAACUAGUCAAGGAAUAUAUAAGAGCUGAACAAGAAUCAGGAAGAAAAAUUAUUCAUGUUGAUUUCAUGAAUGAAUUGAACUAUAGCACAUGUUCAGAGGAGGAUAAAAACCUGUGGGAUGAUUCUCUGCAUUACACUCCCGCUGGUUCGGAUAGAAUUGCUGACAUUCUCUUUCAACAUUUGGAAAAAACUGGAUGGGUUACAAAUUAA